AAAACGCGGCAGCCGAGCCCGAGGCGCCGGGAGCGCAGAGCAGCUUGUCCACCCGCGGACCAGACCAGGGAUGGAGGCGAUGGCAGCCAGCACUUCCCUGCCUGACUCUGGUGACUUUGACCGGAAUGUUCCCCGGAUCUGUGGAGUGUGUGGAGACCGGGCCACAGGUUUUCACUUCAAUGCUAUGACUUGUGAAGGCUGCAAAGGCUUCUUCAGGUGAGGCUUUCUCUAGGAACAAGGGAGGGAAAGGAAGCGCGAUGUUCCCAUGAAGAAACCCCCUGCAUUUUCCGUGUCUUUUCCCCCACCGUGUCUGUGGAGCAUGGCAGUUCUCACGGCCGUGGGAGCAACAGCGGCUUGGCGAAGCAUGAAGCGGAAGGCUCUGUUCACCUGUCCCUUCAACGGGGACUGCCGCAUCACCAAGGACAACCGGCGCCACUGCCAGGCCUGCCGGCUGAAGCGCUGUGUGGACAUCGGCAUGAUGAAGGAGUUCAUCCUGACAGAUGAGGAGGUGCAGCGGAAGCGUGAGAUGAUCCUGAAGCGCAAGGAGGAGGAGGCCCUGAAGGACAGCCUGCGGCCCAAGCUGUCGGAGGAGCAGCAGCGCAUCAUCACCAUUCUGCUGGACGCCCACCACAAGACCUACGACCCCACCUAUGCCGACUUCAGCGAGUUCCGGCCUCCAGUUCGCAGAGGUGCAGGUGGAGGGAGUCAUCCUUCCAGGCCCAACUUGAGACACACCCCCAGCUUCUCCGGGGACUCCUCAUCCUCCUGCUCAGAUCACUACAUCUCCUCUCCAGACAUGAUGGAGCCAUCCAGCUUCUCCAACCUGGAUCUGAAUGAAGAGGACUCAGAUGACCCUUCUGUGACCCUGGACCUGUCCCAGCUCUCCAUGCUGCCCCACUUGGCUGACCUGGUCAGUUACAGCAUCCAAAAGGUUAUCGGCUUUGCCAAGAUGAUCCCAGGAUUCAGAGACCUCACCUCUGAGGACCAGAUUGUGCUACUGAAGUCAAGUGCCAUCGAGGUCAUCAUGUUGCGUUCCAACCAGUCCUUCACCAUGGACGACAUGUCCUGGAGCUGCGGCAGCCAGGACUAUACAUACGGUGUCAAUGACAUGGCCAAAGCUGGACACAGCCUGGAGCUGAUUGAGCCCCUCAUAAAGUUCCAGGUGGGGCUGAAGAAGCUGAACUUGCAUGAGGAGGAGCAUGUCCUGCUCAUGGCCAUCUGCAUUGUCUCCCCAGACCGUCCCGGGGUGCAGGAUGCCACGCUGGUGGAGGCCAUCCAAGACCGCCUGUCCAACACUCUGCAGACCUAUAUCCGCUGCCGCCACCCACCCCCGGGCAGCCACCUGCUCUACGCCAAGAUGAUCCAGAAGCUGGCUGACCUGCGCAGCCUCAAUGAGGAGCACUCCAAGCAGUAUCGCUGCCUCUCCUUCCAGCCCGAGUGCAGCAUGAAGCUCACGCCCCUUGUGCUCGAGGUGUUUGGCAAUGAGAUCUCCUGACUAAGGCAGCCUGCGGUGGUGCCUGGGCAGGGCUGCUUCUCGCGGGCCAUGGGCCCAGGCCUAGGGUCCGCUACUGCCCAGCAGCCCUCCCCACCCUCUCUGGAGUUUAGCCCCUCCUCUGCCACCUUCCCUUUCCGUCUAGCCCAGCCUCUCUCCUGCCGAACCUAAGCCCAGGUUCCCCUUCCUACAGGCCACAGGCUGCUCCCAGCCCCUCAGGACCUUGGUCAUGAGGACUUGCUGUUUAUUUGAUAGAGAAACUCAUGUGGGGGCAGAGGGCAGAGGCUGAAGUCA